AUGAAUGCACAGAAGGCACGCGUUGCAUGUAUGUCAAAUAAGUUUAAAAACAUAAGAGAAAUAGGUGAAGAUACGUAUCAAGUGAUGCUUAAAGAUAGAUUUUAUAGAUGUGAUACAUGUUUACAAGAGGCAUUCUUCACUUUAGAUAAUGCUAAAUACUGGUAUUUGGUUUUCAUUUAUGAUUUUAUGUAUAAAUGCAUGGAUGUUAAUCGUUUUCAUUUCAUUGAAGGUGAUACUGAUUCAUCUUAUUGGGCUAUUGCUGGCGAUCCAAGUCUUCCUAACACUCAAGCAUUUCAAGCAAUUGUAACCGAUAAACAAUUUUAUGAUAAAAACAUUUACAAAUUCGCACCUUUUGAUUUCUUCUGUUUUGAUGAGAAAUUUAAACCUAAAUUAAAGAAUAAAGCUGAAGAAAAAGCACAUGAGAAGAAGUUAUUGGGUUUAGCAAUUGAGAAACAAGGUGAUAACAUGGUUGCUUUAUGCCCUAAGUGUUAUACUUCAUUCAACGGUUCAAUUGAUGGAAGUGAUUUUAAAAAGAUUGCACAAAAAAUGAAAGGUGUUAGUUUACGACAAAAUAAACAAUUAACACCUAAAAAUUAUUUGGAUAUAAUAAAUGAUAAAGUGAUAUUUGAUGGUCAGAAUAUUAAUUUACAACUUAAAAACGGGUCAAUGACUCGCUUAACAAUUGGUAAGACUGCAUUAACAGGAGCACACACUAAGGCUGUAUGUUGUGAAAAUGGAUGUUGUAUGCCAUUUAUUUAA